AUGGAAACAGCUUGUAAUUCAUUGAGGAAUGCAAUAGCCAGUGGCAAAACAGACUCAAUAAAUCAAGAAUUUGUCGUUUUUAGUCGCGUUUUUCACGAGAAAUUGAAAUAUAACGAUAAUCAAAAUGUGAUCCAUAAAUUAUUCUCGAAAGACACAUCAUACGAUCAAGGCAUCUCAAUCUAUAAAUUAAUGGUCGAAAAACAUACACUAGCGCAAAUGGAUUAUAACAUUUACGUUUCAAAUUUAAUAAAUGUUUUUUCAUAUUUACUUGGUCCAGGCAUGCCCUUACCAAAAUAUAGAGAAUCAUACUCAGUAUACCUUGAUCUCCUCUCUACCCUUGAAAUUGAACCAGACACGAUGCAAGCUUUCGGAAACCUCUUAUUUCAAUCGACCUAUCGAACAUAUUCACCGAUAUUCAGUCAAAGGCAAAUACGAGAUGCUCAAAAGGAAAAGAAUGUGCAGUUUAAACAGGAAUUAAUUCAGAUUUUAUCAAAUCACAUCGUAGACAACAAAGAUAAGAUAGAGCACUGGUGGUAUUUACUAUGUUGUUCGAUAUUACCGAAAUUAAAAAAUGAUUCGCUCAACAAAUCUUUUCCAAACGAAGAAAUUUAUUUUAAUUACCAAUUAAUUCUCAAAUUAAUCCUCGACAAAGCCGUACUAAAGAAGCAGCACAUGUAUUUUAAGUAUCCAGACCUACUAUUACGAUUGGCAAUUAAAGUUUUUUCAACAAAUCCAGAUUUCGUUUUUCAAUUCUACGACAACGUCGAACAAGACAUGCUAGGAAAGCUUUUUAUUAAAGCAGUGAAGAGAAUGGACUCAGAAAGCGUAUCUUUAUUCUUGGUUUUUAGCAUCAAAUUUUUUGCUCAAAAAUUCGCACAGCAAGAGUCAUCAGAAACAAGUACAGAAUAUCUAAAAGCUCGUAACCACUACAAAUCACUCAUUUUCGACGUCUGGAGUAAAAUAAUUGAACAUAAAUACGCAACUUUAAUUUUGGACAGCCUUACAGAGAAAGCCUUUGAGUCUUACGAACCUUUACUUAUAUUCUCAAUACUUCUCUUGAGUUACAAGACAGGAAUCAUUCCUCCGAAAGAUAUUUUGAGUAAAAUCUCUCAAAUGGACAAUUCGACCAAGUCAGCAGCCGCUGCGUUCUCAUGUAUAUUGGCCACAGUGUUCGCGCAUCAAUUGCUGAAGGUUGAACAAAAUUUUAGCUUUGAUCGCGAUUGUACGACCUUUGUUGUCAAAUUUGAGAAUUCAGAUAUAAUUAACAGGCAUCUGCUGAUUACUACGAGACAUUUAAUCAGAGGAAUUUUGAUUAUAUCUGAUACUCGGCCAAUUGACCAAGCGAAUGAGUAUUUGAAUGUCUUCUUUAAGAAGCAUGAGAUAGAUUCAAGUAUUUUCUAUCUUUAUUCAUGUUUUAACGAGAUGUUGAUUUGUAUUGCGAAUUAUGAGAUUCCUCCCAGCAUCAGUUUCGAUCCUUUAUCAGUAUUCGAGUCCCAGAUCCACAAGUUCAUUGCGAUAAGCGACGGAUGGCUCCAUCCGGACAUAAAUUUCACUGGAGUUUCAAUUCUCAUACAUAUAAUCGAAACAAGGAACUGCGGACACAACAUGAACCCCAGCAUGGCCAUACGGUUCGCAACCGCUAUUUUGAGAGCUGUAUCGUUGUCAGAUCCAAAUCGAGCUGAUGUCUCUGCGUAUUUACUUGCCAGAGCUAUUAGCAUCGGAUGUCCCAUAUUCUAUGUGCUCAGCUCCUUCUUUCUGGACUUCAUUGGCUACUAUUUACUCGAAAUUAACCCAGAACCAAAAAUUGUUUCGGCUUUGAUCAGCAUUGCAGAGUUUUUCAGGUUCCACGACUUCAAAAUGGCCAUUGAUGGUAUAGAAACACGUGUUAAACAGCUACUAAGAGACACACAGUGCAGAUUAUCAAAAUUUACUCAAGAUUUCUUUUUCGUUUCGAGCCCAGCAAAGAUAGAAGCACAUAACAUGCCAAUCUCAAUACGCGCAGAACAGUUACUUGCAGAUUGGCUGGAUAAAUGCCCAUCAACUGCAAUUUUGAUGGCGAUUUUGAUAACAAUACAAAGCGUAACAGCGAGUAACUUCACGCCCUCCCAGAAAAUACUCAACUCAUUCAGUAGCACAAACUCCCUAAAGAUGUUUAACGGUGACGUAGCAAUGGCUCUCAAUUCUUUAACCGAAGUUUGUAAACUAUUGAAUGAAAAAGUGACAACUUUUGUGGACGAUUUGAUGACAUCUCUUACAAAUAAUUUCUUUGUAUCACAGGAUAUAUGCUUAUUGUUUUUACUUGUGAAUUACGCGAUAACUACAGAUCCGAAGAAAAAUUUGACAAUUUUAUUAAACAGAAUCAUCGAAACAAAGAAAGGAGCAGCUAACUUAUUCAUAGAUAUCAUCAUUAACCACAUCGGCUCCAUCAAUUCGACAUCUUCCCCCGUUUGGAACAAAAUUCAAGCAGAUAAUGCAGUUUCCAUCGGAGUUUCCUCACAAAACAUACUCCAAAUUGUAGAAGAUGUCGUAACAGUAUCACUAGUUGUAACACAGACCGCUUCUGGCCGCUCAACUCAUCAAUUUAAGCCGAUUUCGAAACGAAAAAUCGAAAAAGAUGGGGAAUCCGAGGUAAUUGAGGACAAAAUCAAGGAGCCAAGUACAGAAACAGUGAUUAGCGAGUACAGCCAACCACCUCCUUUGUUCUCUUAUCUCAGGGAACAGUUAGUAAAGCGAGGAUUUGAAUAUUUGCUGACAUCUUCACGAGAUAUUGCUAAUAUUAAUAUUGAUCAGACAGAAGAAGUGUCUCCUAUAUCAAGCGAAGGCGAAUUAAUGUCUUCAAAGCUAAGUUCUGGCUCAGAUGAUAUUUUAUUUGACACAACAUACGCUGCAAUGGCCGGACUUGACCUCUACGGAGAUUUCCUUUCCCAGGCGAAUAUCCCGAUCGAAUCUUCCGAUCUCAAAAGGCUCCUAAACAUGCCUUUGAGAUGUAAUGUCCAUAUUCCUGUCACUUUUUAUCCGAAAAAUUGCAGUGACCUAACAACUGCGAAAAAGACAAAAUGGGACGAAACCAGUUAUCUUUUCCAGCAAUUUACGAGUUCUCUUGGAAAAGCAACGAAAGACCAAUGCGUUCUGAAUUAUUCUUCAUGGGACGCAGACAUUUUCUUUGAAAUAAACCCACUGCUUAUCAAGCAUGGGAGAAUGAUUAUGCAGAAACCACAAAUACCGAUCGAAGUGAUCUUCUUCGAGUCUUACAUCCCGCCUUUUCUCUUAAAUUCGACAACAACUCCUACUAUAUACAUUUUACCUCUCAGAACUGGUUUGAUACGUGUCGAAGUGUCGAAAUUGAUUCAACCAUUUGGACCAAUCAUAGGAGAGGCCUUAGUUACACCUGAAGUGUUGCCUGGCCUCCUCAGAUCAACUGUUGCAUGCAUUUGGUCAUCAAUUUCUCCUUCAGAGAAGUCGUUGAAGAAUCUGGGAAUAAGGCAGAAGAUGAAGAAGAGGAUUAACAGGAUCGCUGAUAACAUCAAGGUUCAUCAGUUCAAUGAAUCAAGAUAUGAAUUUCUUUAG